AUGAUCAGUGCCUUCAAACAACUUAAUAAGAUCCAAUCGGCCAGACGUUUGUUGGCUACUUCUGCUAAGGGAUUCACCAACAAGACUUCCAAGUUAGACAGAGCCACCUUGACUAUCAAAGAUGGUCCAGUUUUCUCUGGUUAUUCCUUUGGUGCAGACAAGAACGUUUCUGGUGAAGCUGUUUUCACUACUUCCUUGGUUGGUUACCCUGAGUCCAUGACUGAUCCCUCCUACAAGGGUCAAAUAUUGUGUUUCACUCAGCCCUUGAUCGGCAACUACGGUGUUCCUUCUUCUACCAAGAAAGACCAAUUCAACUUGUUGAAGUACAUGGAAUCAGCUUCUGUGCAAUGUAUUGGUAUUGUCGUUGCUGACGUCGCUUUAGAAUACUCCCACUGGACAGCUGUGGAAUCUUUACAGCAAUGGUGUCAAAGAUCUGGUGUUGCUGCCAUAUCUGGUGUCGACACCAGACAAUUGGUUUCCUACCUUAGAGAAAGAGGUUCUUCUUUGGGUAAAAUCACCAUCGGUGAAGAGUACGAUGCUGACGAAGAUGCUGCUUUCGAAGAUCCAGGUUCGGUCAACUUGGUCCACAAGGUCACAACCAAAGCUCCAUUCCAUAUCGCCUGUCCCCCAGAAUACUCGAAAAACGUCCACAUCGCCGUGUUGGACUGUGGUGCAAAGGAAAACAUUUUGCGUUGUUUGGUUGAAAGAGGUGCCUCCUUGACCGUUUUCCCAUACAAUUACCCUAUCCACAAGAUCGCCAACAAGUUCGACGGUAUCUUCAUCUCCAACGGCCCUGGCGAUCCAACCCACUGUUCCAGCACCGUGGAACAUUUGAAGCAGACCAUCGACGAGCACCGUGACUUGCCAAUCUUCGGUAUCUGUUUGGGACACCAGUUGUUGGCUUUGGCCGGUGGUGCUAAGACCAUCAAGUUGAAGUACGGUAACAGAGCUCACAACAUUCCAGCCUUAGACUUGGCUACUGGUAAGUGCCAUAUUACUUCUCAAAACCACGGUUACGCUGUGGAUGCUUCUACAUUGAACUCCGAAUGGGAACCUUACUUCACCAACUUGAACGACUUGAGUAACGAAGGCAUGAGACACAAAACCCAACCCAUCUUCUCCACCCAAUUCCACCCAGAAGCCAAGGGCGGACCUUUGGACACUGCAUUCUUGUUCGACAAAUUCUUCAAAAACAUCGAGACCUACAGAGCCACUAACGGGUUGAACUUGUCCACAAUCGACAACAGCUUGUUGGUGGAUAUCUUACCUACCGAAAGAGUUGUCUGA